AUGGGUGGCUAUGGGUGGCUAUGUGUAGCUAUGUGUGACUAUGUGUGGCUAUGUGUAGCUAUGGGUUGCUAUGUUAAGCUGUGUGUAGCUAUGGAUGGCUAUGUGUAGCUAUGUGUAGCUAAGGUUGGCUAUGUGUGGCUAUGUGUGGCUAUGGGAGGCUAUGGGUGACUAUGUGUGGCUAUGUGUAGCUAUGGGUUGCUAUGUGUAGCUAUGGGUGGCUAUGUGUAGCUAUGGGUGGCUAUGUGUGGCUAUGGGUU